UUAAAAGAGACUUUAAGAUGAUCACAACCCAAUUUUUGUCAUAAGAAGAAAGCACAACACUAAUUCAAAACUAAAAGCUUCAACAAUGGCUCCUCAUCUUGCCAAUUGGAUCCUCAUCUUGUUAUCUUUCUUCUUAAAGUUGCAAGGCAGCUAUGGUAGUGGUGGAGGAGCCCAAGAAGAUGAAAAUGUGGCAGCUCACAAAAUGGGGUUCUUAGGGAUGGAUGAUAUUUAUGUUGGGAAUACUAUCACCAUCAAUCUUCCUUUUGACGACCCUUCAUCUUCACCUCAUUUUAUACCACAAGACGAAGCCGAUUCUUUACCCUUAUCAUCGUCAAAUCUCCAAAGCAUUCUCGAUCUCUUCUUGAUCCCUCAUGGUUCUUCGCACGCCAAGGCGAUGCAAGAUACUAUUAGAAGGUGUGAAACCCUACCUAUGGAGGGAGAGGCCAAGACUUGCGCAAACUCCCUAGAAUCCUUGCUUGAUUUUGUAAACACCGCGUUUUGACAAAACGCUAGUGUCAAAGCCCUGACGACUACUCACAAUGCUAUGUCAACUGGGAAUUCAAAUAAGUACAGAAUUCUAGAAGUAAAAGAGAUUCCGAUUCGUAAGAUGAUGGGUUGUCACGUAAUGAGAUGGCCCUACGCAGUUUACUAUUGCCAUCAUCAGGUGGAUAACAGUGAAACCAAGGUUUUUAACAUUUUAUUAGGAGGUGAUGAUGAUGGAGACAAACUUGAUGCUUAUGCUGCUUGUCAUAUGGACACAUCGAAACGGGAUCCUAAUCAAUUGGUGUUCAAGUUGUUAAAUACCGCGCCUGGCCGUUUCUCUCCAGUUUGUCACAUCUUCCCUGAAGGAGACCUUGUUUGGGUUGAUGAAAUAUUUUAAUUUAGAUAUAGCUUCCAUAUGCAUAAUCCUCAUUAUGGCCCCGUUUGGUAGACCAUUGUGGAAACAAUAUAUGUUGGUCCAGACAAUAUAUUGUCUGAUGCAAACAAACGGCCAUUUUGCGACUCGAAAUCCAAGGCAAUUUCGAGGCAAUAAUAUUGUCUUUUGGAAAUUGUCCCAUUUCAUACAAUAUUGAGACCAUUUCGUUUUUUCUACCCAGAUUGUCCCUAGUUAUUUAUUGCACAACAACUCAUCACCAUAUGAUGCCCAUUUAUUUUUAAUGUAUGAACUUAUUUGAAUUUAUUUAUAGA